CUUUUAUUUUGUCAAGUAGGCUGACCUGGAAACACUCGCCACGCGUUGCGUUUAGGGUUCGAUCAGUGGGCAAGGGGCUGAGUUGGUGUAGUCGUGAAAUAGCAUUUUCAGCAAAUUACAUGGUUCUAAUGCAAUAUACUCCGUGAUAUACACAAUGAAUAGAAAGGAAGAAUAUGAUUCGUACGAAAUUGAGGAACCAAGUGACGAAGAGAGAGCUGAAAGCAGCUCUGAGGAUGAACUUGAUAUCCUGCUGAAUGGAACCCCAGACCAGAAGAAGAAGCUUCUCCGGGAAUACCUUACGGGCGAGAGCGAAUCUUCCAGUGGCGAUGAGUUCGAAAAAGAGAUGGAAGCUGAGCUCACAACCACCAUGAGGUCUAUCGAAGGCAACUGGGCUGCCCCUCUUGGCCAAACUGGUGUGUCUGCAGGGACAAGUGGAGGCUCCAAUCCCUCUGGCACUCAAGCUCCACAGGUGUAUGACAGCAUCUACUUCGACUCAGACUCAGAUUCAGAUCAGGAGGGGAAAGCAGGGAGCUCCAAGUCUCAGAGGAAGAAACAGAGGACUAUCCCCACAAAUGAUGAGUUGCUGUAUGAUCCGGACGAGGAUGACCGUGAUCAAGCUUGGGUCGACGCCAAGAGGAGACGGUACAGAGCCAGCCGGCGGUACCCAGGGACCUCGGGGAGCGGCAGGGGCCAGUCGCAGGCUCUUCCCUCCAGUGACGCCGUCUUGAACUGCCCUGCAUGCAUGACCACAUUAUGCAUGGACUGUCAGAGGCACGAUAAGUACCGGACGCAGUACAGAGCCAUGUUUGUGAUGAACUGCACUGUGAACAAAGAGGAGGUCCUGCGCUACAAAGCUCCACAGGCGAAGCAGAAGAGACACAAGAAAAAACGCAGACAUGAGCAGCCGACCACCGAGCCAGAGGUGACUCAAGCUCCAGGGACCACGGACAGCCGUUUGGCUGGGAUGGACGAGGAUGAGGUGUACCACCCAGUGCUGUGCACGGAGUGCUCCACAGAGGUGGCUGUUUACGACAAGGACGAGGUCUAUCAUUUCUUCAACAUAUUAGCUAGCCACAGUUAAGUGGUGAUGCAAGGUUCCAUUUUGGAAAGGAGCAUCGUUGUGUGUCAUGGAAGUGGCCCUGUUGUGUUCGAUCAUGUCAUUCUGACCUUGGCCAUGAAAUCACAGUAUGGAUUUGGACAUCUAUGUUUGAGGAAAGCAGUUAAUGGACACAACAAAUUCACGCAUCACAGACUGAGACUACUAAAAUGUGGUUAAUGUCUGUAAGUGUUGCCUCUAAUAGAGGUGAGUUUGCAGCAUGUGGUUUGCUGAGGGUUUUUUUUUUUGUUUUUGCUUUUUUUAACGUAAAGAUUGAGCAGUUGUUGCAUUUUAAAUGAUUAUCCAACCUCAUGGUUUAUUGGCAUAAAAACUGUUGAUAAAAUUUAUUUUAAACAUA